AGUCGAAGAAAUCUCCGAGCGACCGCUGUAUGGUGACGUGCAGGAGGGGGCAGAAGCUAAAGAAGGGCAGCCGAGGACGAUGUUGAUCAUGGUCACGGAGGAGCGUGAGCCCUAGUAUUCAGCUUCGCAAAGAUUUGGUGUUGGAGUGGAGGUGCUGGAGGUUGGAGGAUGAGUUUGAGGCGAUUUGGAUAGAGCGGAUUGGAGUAGAGGGGCUUGGAUAGGGAUUGGUGGCAGUGCCAGUGCUGGAUUGGAUUUGGUACCGCGGGGCAGGGACGGAGGUAGCAUGGCGACGGCCGCAUGGCAUCCACAGGAGGAUGGGUUGAAGGAGAUUUGCGGAUUGCUAGAGCAGUAUCGAUUGCCGACUGUGGAUCAGUCGCGUAUCUGGCAACAGCACCAGCGGUGCAGCCAGCUGCCAGAUUUCAACAAUUAUCUCGCUUUCAUCUUGUGUCGUGCUGAGGGAGAUGCCGUCAAUAUCCGGCAAGCGGCAGGGUUGCUCCUGAAGAAUAAUUUGAGAAACAAUUACCAGUUAAUUCAACCUGGUCACCUUCAGUAUAUCAAGGCCGAAGUGUUGCCCUGUCUCGGAUCCUCAGAUUUUGGUGUAAGAAGCACUGUUGGCACUAUAGUCAGUGUUGUGGUGCAGCACGGUGGUUUUCAGAGUUGGCCUGAGCUUUAUCAAGCAUUAGUUCAAUGCCUGGAUGGUAAUGAUUACAAUCACAUGGAGGGUGCGCUUGGCGCUCUAUUCAAGAUUGCUGAAGAUUUACCAGAAAUGCUCGACUCCGAGGUGCCAGGAUUUGCAGACCGUCCAAUAUCUAUCUUCAUUCCUAGACUGCUUCAGUUUUUCACUUCUGAAUAUGCGGUCUUGCGGAAAUUAUCUUUGGGGACUGUUAAUCAGUUUAUCGUCCUUUUGCCAUCUGCACUAUUUAUCAAUAUGGGUCAAUACCUGCAAGGAUUGUUUUCUCUUGCAAAUGAUAGCUCUGGAGAUGUUCGAAAAUUGGUUUGUGCUGCUUUGGUGCAAUUGUUGGAAGUGCAGCCUAGUGCUCUACAGCCUCAUAUGAAAAAUAUUAUUGAAUAUAUGCUUCAAGCCAACAAAGAUUCUGAUAAGGAUGUGGCUUUGGAGGCUUGCGAGUUUUGGUCUGCGUUUUGUGAAGCACACAUUCCACCUGACUUCCUGCGAGAAUUUUUGCCACGCCUUGUUGAUAUUUUACUGGACAACAUGGUAUAUGCGGACGACGAUGAAGCUUUGCAAGACGAGGAUGAAGAUGAGAAUGCACCUGACAGAGACCAGGAUAUUAAGCCCAGGUUUCAUCAAUCGCGGUUAAUGGGGGCUACUGAUGGUGCUGAAGAGGAUGAGGAUGAUGAUGACGCUGAUAUUAUAAAUUCGUGGAAUUUGCGGAAAUGUAGUGCUGCUGGACUAGAUAUAUUAUCAACAGUAUUUGGGGAUGAAAUUCUCCCAAUUCUUCUGCCCCUUGUGCAGGUGAGACUUUCCACAACUGAAGAAUCGGCAUGGGUACAAAAGGAGGCUGCAAUUUUAGCUCUAGGUGCUGUUGCUGAGGGCUGCAUAUCAGGCCUAUCACCCCAUCUUGCACAAAUCGUAGUCUAUCUUGUAUCGUUUAUGGAGGAUACCCGGCCACUUGUGCGGAGUAUAUCGUGCUGGACUCUUUCUCGCUAUAGCAAAUGGAUUGCUGAGGUUGCACAGUCUCCAGAAGGACAGUUACAGUUCGAUGCAAUACUCAAAGGAUUGCUCCGCCGAAUUUUGGAUCCUCAUAAACGCGUCCAGGAGGCUGCCUGCUCUGCAUUUGCUACUCUUGAAGAGGAGGCUGCUGAAGAUUUAGCCCCUAGGCUUGAACUCAUACUGCAGCAUCUUAUGUACGCGUUCGGAACUUAUCAGAGGCGGAAUUUGCGUAUUUUAUACGAUGCUAUUGGCACACUAGCGGACGCUGUAGGCAGUGAGCUCAAUAAUCCUAAGUAUUUGGAAAUUUUGAUGCCGCCACUUAUUUCGAAAUGGAAGCAGCUGUUGGACAAUGACAAGGAUUUAUUUCCUUUGCUCGAGUGUUUUACUUCAAUAGCGCAGGCAUUUGGUCCAGGCUUCACUCCAUAUGCUGAGCCUGUCUUUAUGAGAUGCAUCAAUUUGAUUCGUAUACAUCAAGUUGCUAAGGCUGAUCCCCAGAACACGAGCGUGAAUUAUGACAAAGAAUUUAUAGUUUGUUCUUUAGAUUUGCUAUCAGGUCUUGCAGAAGGCCUUGGCAGCAGCAUUGAGAGCUUGGUAUCAAGAAGUGAUCUUCGCGACCUGUUGCUACAGUGCUGCGCUGACGAAGCCCCGGAUGUACGUCAGAGUGCUCUGGCCCUCUUGGGUGACCUUGUCAAGGCUUGCGCUGUGCAUCUGCAACCCCGACUUGCAGAGUUCCUCAACGUAGCGGCGAAGCAGCUGGGACAAGAUGUCAAAGAAAAUGUGUCGGUAGCCAACAAUGCUUGCUGGGCUAUUGGUGAAGUGGCCGUCAAGAUUAGGAGUGAUAUCUCGCCUGUGGUGUUGACUGUUAUCUCAUCGCUGGUACCCAUCCUUUCCAAUACUGAGGGUCUUAAUAAGUCACUCUUGGAGAAUAGUGCAAUCACCUUAGGAAGACUGGGAUGGGUGUGUCCAGAGCUUGUUGCUCCUCACAUGGAGCACUUCAUGCAACCCUGGUGCCGUGCGCUUGGCAUGAUACGAGAUGACUUUGAGAAGGAAGAUGCUUUUCGAGGCUUGUGUGCUAUGGUACGGUCGAACCCGGGUGGCGCUGUGAACUCGUUCGUAUAUAUGUGUGAGGCUAUCGGUAGCUGGCAUGAAAUUCGCAGCAAAGAGCUCUCUCUGGAAAUUGCGCAAGUGUUACAUGGAUACAAACAGAUGCUGUCUCAGUCCAAAUCCUGGGAGCAGUAUUUUGGAGUCUUGGAUGCCACGCUGCGUGAUAAGUUGGUGAAUACUUAUGGUCUUUGAGAACGACAACCAGCUGAUCGGGUCUUUUUAAUGUUGGAGGCAUGUCGUGCCAAUCCGGCUCAUUUGGCUUUACUUAACAUUUGCUGCGCACUUGGAUACACAUGGCUCGUUCAAGUGUGGCUGUCCGGUCAAGAGAUAGUCAAGACUGAGAGGAAAUAUUAAUCUACCCUAAUUACCAACAUCAGAAUCGAUGUGGCUUACAGUUUUAAUCGACUUGGCCCGCAUAUUCUAGUACUGGUUGUUUAGUGGUGGGUCUGAAGGGCUAACAUAGCCAUUCCUUCAGAGUAUUGGUAGGGCUGCAUGAGCGGACGAUCUAAACAGAUGAUCUGAUGCAUUGUUACGAAGUAAGAUGUCACUAGAUCCUGCUGAUCAUUGAACUCUAGCUCAGGAGCCACGGGUAAUCUGAGACCCUGAGCUAUUGAAUCCAGUCGUAACUAGAGUUUUGUAACGAGGAGGUGAUUUGCCACCUCAACCAGUGAAGUGCUAGUGAGAGGAGAGACACGGGAGGAGGCUUAGUUUCGUUGCAGUGAGUUCUACCUACUUUGGAUUAUUGCACUGAUCCAAAUAGGUCCGUUCGAGGGGAGUAAUUUUCAAUUGCCUUGUUCUAGUAGGACAGGUUGAUGUUGCACUGGUGAAUGUUCUCUGAGACUAUACCAGCGUGUAUUCCAACGUUUGAAGAUGGUCUCAAUAUGUCUGACCACUACCUGUAGUAGCUGUAAAAGGUACCCUUCUAUGCGUUAGGAAAGCGGGGUUGUAGCUGUGGCCAAAUUUGGAAGUUUUCCUUCCAAGUUUGACGAUUUGUUAAUGUGCUGAGUUGGUUAUGUUCAGUGACUGGACUACUGUUGUAUUGAUUAUUUAUGAUUCUUAUUAUUCAUGUUAACAGCGAUUUAAACCGUUUUGUAA